UAAUCCUCACAUUCAGAGUUUUCAAAGAUAUUAUGAAUUAAAAUCAGGACUGUAACGUCGGGACUGAAACGUUCUCUUAAAUUUCUAUUUUUUACAUUUUGCCAAAUAUUUGCCAAUUUAAAUAUUUUAUUUGAUUUUAUUCAAAGUUUUUAAUUUUCUUUUCUUGAUUUUACAUAUUUACUUUUUAUAUCUUCAUAGAUUCUUAGAAACGAUGGAAUGCGAAAAUGACAUAAUAAAUCCUGAUUUUAAUUCUUACAAUAAUGAAGGGACCAAUUAUGAUGAAGUUCGUUCUCCACAUAAACAACUUGUCAAUAGUGGAGGGAUUAAAAUGCCUGUCUUGGUGAAGAAAUUAGGCCCGAGUCUGACUUGUCCUAUUUGCCUGGAUCUUUUGAGAAAUACAAGUGUUACGGAAUGUCUUCAUCGAUUUUGUGCUGAUUGUAUUAAAAAUUCUAUUUACAAAACAAAUCGUCAAUGUCCAACUUGUCGAAGGAAAAUUGUCUCAAAAAGAAAUCUUCGUUCAGAUCCAAAUAUUGAUUUACUUAUCGACACAAUUUGGCCCGAUCGUAAUAUUUAUGAAAAAAUUCACAAUAUUUUGAUGGAAAGUACUUGUGAGUCUCCAACAAAAAUUAGAGAUUUAAAUGUUGAAAAUGAUGACAAUAUUGAUGAUUUUUCAUCUUCUGAAAAUGAUUUUCCCAGCAAUGAUGAAAAGGAAGAAUAUGACUUUUCCAGCUCUGAUGAUGAUGAAUUAAAUGAUUUUGAUAAAAGUUCUUCAUUUAAUUCUUCAUCAGACUUUGAAAAUGAAAAUAAUUUUGUAAAAAAUAAACGUCAAAAAUUUGAAGAAGAAGAAAAUAUUCCAAAAAAUAAAAAUAUCAAAGAAAAUAUUAAAUUAUUACCGGAAAUGGAUAUUUAUUUAAAAGAAUAUGUUAAAAAUACUUUACCUUUGGGAAAUGUUACAAUUUAUUUAAAGCCUUUAUUAAUUAAUUCACAACAAUAUUAUCGUGUUCAUUUGCCUCAUUUAGCUACUGGCAAGUUUAUUUUAAAUCAGGGUGACCCUUUCCAAACUACUAAAAUAGGGCGCAGCCACUCAAAAAUGUGGCAAAAAUAG